CAUGCACCACUGUCAGCCAGUGGUUGUCGCCUUCGAGCUGUCAUUCAUUCUUCGAACCAAAUAAAAAAAAAACACUAAACACUGUUUUUCGUGAAGUGAAGCAAAAAGUGAAUUUAUUUUACAGGAUUUUUCAUCGAAAUUACGGGCUCUCUACUGUUGGAAGCUAAACGAUAGCAAACGUAAAGAAAUGUACUAUUUUGCGGUACGCUAAGCUGAGAAAGGAUCACUCAAAAUACGCUUAAACAGCAAGACCAAUACAGGGGGUUCCCCUUCCAAAAACGAAAUACCAUAAACUCGAACCCGUACCAAAAAAAAAAUACACAGCAAUACCGUACGGGUGGGUCGUUGGCUGCAAGUGCACCGUGAAAAACAGAGGCCUAAAACAAAAAGGGAAAAACCAUGAGCACUACAGGUGUCUUGCCGUUCGUGCGUGGAAUAGAUUUCACGAACAAUGACUUCAGCGAUGAAAAAUUUCCGAAAAACAUUAAACACAUGUCCGGGGUCCAGUGGCUUAAGCUGGAUCGUACCGGCAUGGAUACGAUACCGGACGAGAUGGGCAAGUUGGUAAAGCUGGAACAUCUUUCGAUGAAGAACAAUCAGCUGGAAAAGUUGUUCGGCCAGCUGAGCGAACUCGGCUGCUUACGGUCACUGAACGUUCGGCGCAACAAACUGAAAAGUCACGCAAUUCCAUCGGAUUUGUUUGAGCUGGAAGAGUUGACCACGCUCGAUCUAUCGCACAAUCGUCUCAAGGAGGUACCGGAGGGUUUGGAGAAAGCCAAAGCACUUCUCGUACUGAACUUGAGCAACAAUCAAAUUGAAUCCAUUCCUCCUUCGCUAUUCAUCAAUCUUACCGAUCUGCUGUUUCUGGACCUGUCCAAUAACAAGCUAGAAACGUUACCACCCCAAACGAGACGCCUGUCGAACCUUCAAACGCUCAUACUGAACGACAACCCGCUCGAAUUGUUUCAGCUACGGCAGCUUCCUUCCCUGCAGAGCUUAGUAUGUCUGCAGAUGCGUAACACGCAGCGGACGAUCAACAAUUUCCCCGCGUCGCUCGAUAGUCUUUCUAACCUGCAAGAGCUGGACCUGUCCCAGAACGCACUGUCCAAAGUACCGAGUGCCCUGUACAAUCUUGCCAACCUCAAGCGCCUUAAUCUGAACGAUAAUGUGCUGGAGGAGCUGUCACCAACGAUCGAGAACCUGACCAAGCUGGAAACGUUGAAUCUUUCGCGCAACAAGCUAACAGCGCUUCCCGCCACCUUGUGCAAGCUGCAGGAGUUGCGCCGUUUGUACGUGAACGACAAUUUGCUCAACUUCGAAGGCAUCCCAUCGAGCAUUGGCAAACUGAGCGCAUUGGAAGUAUUUUCUGCCUCCAACAAUGAGCUGGAAAUGGUCCCGGAAGGCCUUUGCCGGGGGUGUGGCUCGCUCAAGAAGCUAAACCUUAGCUCGAACAAACUUAUCACACUGCCGGAAGCGAUCCAUCUGCUGACCGAUAUGGAACAGCUGGAUCUGCGCAACAACCCCGAGCUGGUGAUGCCACCGAAACCGAUCGAAGCUCAGCGUGGCGAUGGUUUGGCGUAUUAUAAUAUUGAUUUUUCGCUCCAAACGCAGUUGCGGCUCGCGGGUGCGAACGUUCCGGCCCAGGUGCAGGGAGCGGCCAACAGUGGGAAGGAUCCGAUUGCACGCAAACUACGGCUAAGGCGUGGUGCACGUAACGAUCCUUCCGACAAUCAAGAUUCGGCUAAAAUUCUGAAAGGCAUGCAGGACAUUGCGAAGGAGAAAAACAACGGGCUCGGGUUCGGUGAAGAAAAGGUGGAAAAUUUAAAACCCAAGCGUUGGGACGAAACGCUCGAAAAGCCACCGGUGGAUUAUUCGGAAAUUUUCGAAGACGAAGAUGGGCAGUACCCGGGACUGACGGUGUGGGAGAUUGAGAAUUUUUUGCCGAACAAAAUCGAGGAAGCGGCACACGGGAAGUUUUACGAGGGCGAUUGCUACAUUGUGCUGAAAACGUCCCACGACGAUAGUGGCCAACUGUCGUGGGAAAUUUACUUCUGGAUCGGUACGAAGGCGACACUCGAUAAGCGGGCGUGUUCCGCGAUACACGCGGUCAAUCUGCGCAACUACCUGGGGGCACGGUGUCGCACGAUCCGCGAAGAGCAGGGUGACGAGUCGGACGAAUUUUUGGCACUGUUCGACACGGACGUAACGUACAUUGAGGGUGGCCGAACACCGACCGGUUUCUACACGAUCGAAAAUGCGGUUUAUAUUGUGCGGCUGUACCGUGUGCAUGAUGCCGGUCCGAACAUUCAUCUCGAACCGGUCCCGGUAAGCUAUCGUUCGCUCGAUCCGGGAUAUGUGUUUCUGCUCGACACGGGACUGAACAUUUUCGUGUGGUAUGGAACACGCUCGAAGAACACGCUGAAAUCGAAGGCUCGCUUUACGGCGGAGAAGAUUAACAAACACGAGCGGAAGAACAAGGCCGAAAUCUAUCAGGAGUACCAGAAGCAGGAAAGUUUAGACUUUUGGCGUGCACUUGGAUUCGCUGACGGACAGGGACCGCAGGACGAGGAAGCGGACCAUCUGAACCAAUCGCAUGUCGAUCCGGAGUUCGUUCCGGUACCGCCCCGCCUUUACCAGAUCCAGCUCGGUAUGGGCUAUCUGGAGCUGCCACAGGUUGAACUUCCCGGCGGUGGUAGUAACAAAACGCUUACGCACACAAUACUCGCCAGCAAGAACGUGUACAUCCUCGACUGCUAUCUGGAUUUGUUCGUGUGGUUUGGUAAAAAAUCCACCCGUCUCGUACGGGCGGCAGCCAUCAAACUUUCGCAGGAACUUUUCAGCAUGAUCGAUCGGCCGGAUUAUGCGAUGAUAACGCGCGUACAGGAGGGCACGGAAACGCAGGUGUUUAAAUCGAAGUUUACCGGUUGGGAAGAAAUAAUUGCGGUCGAUUUUACCCGCACCGCACAAUCGGUUGCCCGUACCGGUGCGGAUCUAACGCAAUGGGCAAAACAGCAGCAAACGAAGGCAGAUCUGGCGGCGUUGUUUAUGCCACGCCAACCGCCCAUGACACCGAUGGAAGCUGCCCAGCUUGCAGAAGACUGGAACUACGAUCUAGACGUAAUGGAACCGUUUGUGCUGGAGAGCAAAAAGUUCGUUCGCCUGCCGGAGGAAGAGCUGGGCGUGUUCUAUACGGGCGAAUGUUAUGUGUUUCUUUGCCGCUAUUGCUUGCCAGUCGACGAGGAUGAUGAGGCGGACGGUGAGGAAGAUGAAGCUGAUUCGGCGGCAGCGACGAACGGUGCCCAGGAAGGUACAUCGGCACCGGUGAAGAUGAAGCAGCUCGAUCCGGUCGCUACACCGGCGGAGGAGAUACAGUGCGUCGUGUACUUCUGGCAGGGCCGGGAAGCGGGCAAUAUGGGUUGGCUUACGUUUACCUUUACGCUGCAGAAGAAGUUUAAGUCCAUGUUCGGCGAAGAGCUGGAAGUGGUGCGGAUACAUCAGCAGCAGGAAAAUUUGAAAUUUAUGUCCCACUUUAAGGGCAAGUUUGUGAUCAAGAACGGUAGACGCAAGGAACGGCUUCGUACGCCCGAGGGUAAGCUACCGGUCGAGUUCUACCAUCUGCGUUCGAAUGGUAGCGCGCUGUGUACGCGCCUGAUACAGAUCAAACCGGAAGCGACCGUUCUGAAUUCCGCCUUCUGCUAUAUUCUUUUCGUUCCGUUCGAAACGGACGAUGAUUCCGAGUCGGGGAUCGUUUAUGUAUGGAUCGGAUCGAAAACAACUGGCGAAGAAUCGAGACUGAUACAGGAAAUUGCGGAAGAUAUGUUUAACAAUCCGUGGGUUAGCUUACAGAUUUUACACGAAGGUGAAGAACCAGAGAACUUCUUCUGGGUUGCGCUGGGUGGACGCAAACCGUACGAUACGGAUGCGGAGUACAUGACCUUUACCCGGCUGUUCCGUUGCUCGAACGAGAAAGGUUACUUUACGGUCGCGGAAAAAUGUUCCGACUUUUGUCAGGAUGAUCUGGCAGACGACGAUAUCAUGAUACUGGACAAUGGUGAUCAGGUGUUCCUCUGGUUGGGAUCACGCUGCAGCGAGGUGGAAAUCAAACUAGCGUACAAGUCGGCACAGGUUUACAUACAGCAUAUGCGUAUCAAACAACCCGAACGGCCCCGGAAACUGUUCCUAACGCUGAAAAAUAAGGAAUCGAAACGAUUCACCAAGUGCUUCCAUGGCUGGAGCGCACACAAAAAGCCACCGGAGUAAUGAAGCUGUUGGUUGUUGUUGGUGUGUAAUCAUCCGGGUACGUGUAAAUUGUAAAAAGAAAGGAACAAAAUCGCGCAAAUGAAGUAUUUGUUUAUGUGACACACACACCGUUGGCUUAAAAGCGUCAUAAUCAUACUACAAAUCGAUUGCAAUAAUGCAAGGGAAACUUGCUAAAGAAUAUUAUUUCAUAUAUAUGUUUGUUUUGUUCGUUUUUUUUAAAUUAUACAAUACAAUAAUUUAUUCUUGCACAAAACAGAUUCGCUGGCAGCUUUGGAGCUUUCCUUGUAGAACACAGCUAGUGGUUGUACAGCUACUAUUUUAUUUUCUUUAAUUAUAUCCUUAUUUACGUUAUUAGCCUUUCCUUCUAGACAAGAUUCUCUUAAUUCUUUUGGACAGCAUAGGCUAGUAGAAAGGCAAGGAAGAAUAGAGAAAUAGUGCGACGUUUAAGUCUUCCGUUUGUUGAACGAAAUAGUGGCAAGUGAAAUGUAAACAGUAGCUUUUGUUUUAAACUAUUUUAUUCGUCUUUUUUUUUAUUCGGCCUAACAAUUAGAUUCGUUAGUUUCGGCCCGCCUAACGAGUGUUACGGGUGGUGUUUUUGUUGCCAGGAUAGGAAGCUAAAGCAAAUCAUAAAUUUACAUACUUUUUUUAAAAACAACUUAAAUGCAAAUUAUGUACAAAUCAAAGCCUAUCGAACAAUACCGGAACUGUCUGAUAAUUGUAAUAAAAUAAAAACACUGCUCUGGAUCGUAUAAAAUAAUCUAAGCAAGCACAACAAAUAAAGUACGAACGUUCGGAACAUUAUA